GUUCCCUUCCUCCGCACCAGCCGUCCUCCUCCGUGCUACCGCUGGAGUUAGCUUAGGAAACUACGGGAGGCUCUAUCAGUCGUGACAAGCCGGGGCCGCUCGCUUCCCUCAACUUUCCCGAGUCCCGGUUGUGCCUGAAAGACGCGGGGAGUGUUUUGCCGGUGUUUUUCGAUGCAUGGGAGUGCCCUGGGAGCGGCGAAGGGAGAAGAACGUGCCGGUGGUCCUGACUGUUCAGCAGGAUGAGUGAGGCCGACAGCCACUUCUACAGCGUCCAGGUGGGAGACUCCACCUUCACGGUACUGAAACGCUACCAGCAGCUCCGCGCCAUCGGCUCCGGGGCUCAAGGCAUCGUCUGCUCUGCACUGGACACGGUCCUCGGUAUUCCAGUGGCGGUGAAGAAGUUGUGUCGGCCCUUCCAGAACCAGACUCACGCUAAACGUGCUUACAGGGAGCUGGUGCUCCUCAAAUGCGUCAACCACAAAAAUAUCAUCCGUCUGAUCAAUGUUUUCACGCCUCAGAAGUCCCUGGAGGAGUUCCAGGACCUGUACCUGGUAAUGGAGCUGAUGGACGCCAGCCUCUGCCAGGUGAUCCAUAUGGACCUGGACCACGAGAGGAUGUCCUACCUGCUCUACCAGAUCCUCUGUGGAAUCAGACAUCUGCACUCCGCAGGCAUCAUCCACAGGGAUCUGAAGCCCAGUAACAUAGUGGUGAAGUCAGAUUGUACUCUGAAGAUCUUGGACUUCGGCCUGGCGAGGACAGCCUGCACUAACUUCAUGAUGACCCCGUAUGUAGUGACCCGAUACUACCGCGCCCCAGAAGUCAUUCUGGGCAUGAAAUAUAAGGAGAAUGUGGACAUCUGGUCAGUGGGGUGUAUCAUGGGAGAGAUGGUAAAAGGCAGCGUCAUCUUCCAGGGCACCGAUCACAUCGACCAGUGGAAUAAGGUGAUUGAGGUUCUGGGCACGCCCAGUCUGGAGUUUAUGAACCGGCUGAUGGAGACCGUCAGGAACUACGUGAUGAACAAGCCACAGUAUCCCGGCGUCAGCUUCGCCGAGCUGUUCCCGGACUGGGCAUUUCCCUCUGACUCAGAGCACGACAAACUGAAGACGGGUCAAGCACGGGACCUGCUAUCCAAAAUGCUGGUCAUUGACCCCGAAUGCCGCAUCUCAGUAGAAGAAGCCCUCAAUCACCCCUAUAUUCACGUGUGGUACGACCCUGCGGAGGCGGACGCGCCUCCUCCCCAGAUUUCAGAUAAGCAGCUGGAAGAGAGAGAGCACACCAUUGAGCAGUGGAAAGAACUUAUUUAUGAAGAGGUGAUCGACUGGGAGGAGAGGAACAAAAAUGGUCUCAUGAAAGAGGAUUGCUCAGUAUCAGAUGCGGUGUCGGGUUCAGCAUCUCAGUCCUCUUCAGCCAACGACAUCUCGUCCAUGUCCACGGAGCACACCCUGGCCUCGGACACGGACAGCAGCAGCAUCGACACACUGACAGGACCACUGGAUGAGAGUCAGUGAACAGCGUCCGUUACCACAAGUGUCUGUCUACCUGCCUCGGCCCCUCCCACCUUUCUUUAGAUGUCAGUCAGUCAUCUUCCUCUCCCUCCUCGUCUUUCUUCUUUAACCUCAAUAAACAGGUCUAUUUUUCUAUUUUCUUUCCCCAUUACUCUGCUAGAUCCCCCUGAUCCUUUCUAUCCUCACAUUCUGUUCUGGACUGCAGCAUAUAGGUCAGAAUCGUCUGUGCUGUCUGUCGUGUGAAACAGUUUCAUCUUUCUCUUCUUCGUGGAUGUUUACCUUGAUCACGUAUCGGUCGUGUUUGCAUCCAUAUUGAUUUUCAGGUUACCGGGAGAAGGUUGGGAAUUGUUGUUUGAUCAGUUUGCCCGUUUUAUAUUUUUUAAUAGUUUUAUUUUUUUAGCCGGUUUUAAGUCAUUGUCAUCCUACCGGAGCAGACUCGUGACAAACGUAGACCACGGCAUUGAGCUGCUCUCCUGCAUGUUAACGCCACAAGGAACAAAAGCCGACGACUAAACGACCGCAUCGACCAUCUGAUGUUCACCCGAUGAUCAAAUUACUAAUCUAAAGGUUGAAUGAAUCUUUUAGCACGCUGAGUGUAUUGCAGAUUUCCACAGUGGUGUUUCUUUUCCGGCGGACUGGCUUGAGUGAUGUGAAUUUUGAGUUUUUACUCCUGACAGCGGGGGGGAAGCUGUGACUGCAGUGUUACCGUUAUAUUUCCGGAUAUAUUGUACUGUAUGUAAAGACGCCAAGAUCUGACACCCAUUGUCUCCGUGCACCCUUCCAUCACCGAUAGACGAGAGGUGCUUGUUUAGUUCAUGAUUUCAACAUAUCAGCAGAGCUUUAUAUAUAUAUAUAUAUAUAUAUAUAUAUAUAUAUAUAUAUAUAUAUAUAUAUAUAAUGCAAUCACCCUGGUUCAACCAAAGGUACCGAUUAUCAACAGAAGAAGAUCGUAAUCCUGUAAAUCUGGAGGAGGCGAAAUUGAAAUGUAUUUAUUUUUAUGUUCUUGCAAAAAUGUUGCACAAAACCACAGUGAAGCCCAUCUAAAUUAGAUAAGCUGUCAAAAGAAAUGGGUGGCUUGUUUUCUUUUUUUUAAACCAUUCCACUAGUGCUGGAAAAGUAGCAAAAUGUUCACCAGAUCAAAUAACUUAUAGUUCUCAUGCUGAAACAAAAGGAUAUUGCAUGAAGGCAUCAUAAUUAUAAGAUACUGUAGUUCUUGUUACAAACAGAAAUCCAUUCAAGUGCUUUUUUUUUUUUUUUUUUUUUUUUUUGACUAACAGCACCUUGAUGCUCUCGGUUCUGAAAGCCAGUUUGAAAAACGUUUUUUUUGUUUGUUUGUUCGUUUUGUUUUUUUGACUUGUAAGCCUCUAUGUGUGUAUGUACUGUGCGGCACUCUUUACUUUUAGACUUCUUUGAGUCAUCGUCACGAACAGAAUCUGUACACAUCUGGGGAAGGAAAAGUCCGAGGAGAACGUUUCUGUCACAGCAAAAAGCAGACAAUAAGGCUGAAGAUGUGAAAGAGACUGCAGGAGUCUGCGGAGUCCUGAUAAACGCCCAGGGCAGUGCGGCUCGGAUGGAAACCCUGAAAAGGAGCCUUGGAAAACGGACUGCGGAGCUGCUUUUCGGAUAGAUUUGCACAGUGUUGAUGGACAUGCAGAGAAAUGACACUACGGACUCUCAGAAGACUUUUGCACCGUGUUGUACGCAAACAUGACAUUAUUCUUUCAGUCAUGCCUUAAAUGAACUGAGGAGUGACGAACUCACUCUCUAAAAUCUUAGCAGAAUAUAGUGGAGCUCAGAACAUCGUCUAUUACCCAUGUUAAAGAAAAAAGAAGAACUCCGUUGUGUACACUGCGCAUCUCACAGUUUGUUUCUCCUUUUAUUUCGAGAGAUGCCCCAUGUGUUACCAAUGACCGCAGUAUCAUCACCCGACAAACACCUUUGCCCAUAAUCAAUAAAGUGGACAUCAGUGGCUA